AUGGCACUCAGUACAGGAGUGGUUCUCCGGCUGCUGGUGGUGGUGAUGAGGGGUAUAGCUGCUCCAGCCCCAAUCUGCUCUCUGCUGGGCCAACCCGCUCUGCCUAUUCUGUCUGCUGAGGGGGAUAUCAACAUUGGGGCAGUGUUCGGUAUACAUAGGAAUGCCCUCUUCAAGGUCCAUUCGUUCACCUCCAGACCAGAGAAAACACCCUGUAUCAGUUUCAACCCACGUGAGUUCCAGUUUGCACAGACCCUGAUCUUUGCCCUGGAGGAGAUCAACAACAGCAGUGAUCUGCUCCCAGGGCUGUCUCUGGGUUACCAGGUCUAUGACUCCUGUAGCUAUGCCCCCCUGGCCAUCCACUCAGCCCUGGCCCUGAUGAACAGCCCUGGGCCUGAGGACAGCCUGGGAGACUCCUCCUCCUGUUCCAGAUCUCCAGCCGUUUUGGGAAUUGUAGGGGAAUCAAGCUCCACAUCCACCAUCGGAAUAUCAUCCCUGGUCGGACCAUUCAGCAUCCCUGUGAUCAGCCACUUUGCCACCUGUGCUUGUCUGAGUAAUAGAAAGAAGUUCCCCUCCUUCUUCAGAACCAUCCCCAGUGACUUCUACCAGAGCAGAGCCCUGGCAAAGCUGGUCAAACACUUUGGAUGGAACUGGGUGGGAGUGGUGAACAGCAACAAUGACUAUGGAAACAAUGGCAUGGCCACAUUCAUGGAGGCAGCGUGGCAUGAAGGGGUCUGUGUAGAGUACCAAGAGUCCAUCCACCGCACAGACCCCAGAGAGAAGCUCCUGGAAGUCGUCAAGGUCAUCCGGAGGGCCACAGCCAGGGUGGUGGUACUGUUCUUGACCUUGGGGGAACUCAUCCCCCUGAUGAAUGAGAUGGCCCUGGAGGGAGACCCAGGGCUUCAGUGGGUGGGCAGCGAGUCCUGGAUCACGGCCAGACUGCUGGCGGAUAACAAGGCCUACGGCUUCCUGAGGGGAGCGGUGGGCUUUGCCAUCAGGAAUGCCAGGCUGGAUGGUCUGGAGGGGUUCCUAGACAAGGUGCACCCCUCCCAGGCGCCAGACAACACCCUGCUCAGGGAGUUCUGGGAGACUGUGUUCCAGUGCUCCUUCGAGGGGGGCAGCAGCACACUGUGCACCGGAACAGAGAGCUUAGCAAAGCUGAAUAACCAAUACACUGACGUGUCAGAGCUGAGAAUCUCCAAUAAAGUAUACACAGCUGUAUAUGCGAUUGCACACGCUCUGCACAACCUACUGACAGACUUAAAGAAUGACACAGACAGUGGCAAAAGACCAGUCUACACACCACAGCAGGUGCUACAGUACCUGAAGGAGGUGAGGUUUAGAGUAAAGACAGGAGAGGAGAUCUGGUUUGAUGAUAACGGAGAUGUGGUGGCGUGCUACGACCUAGUGAACUGGCAGCAGGAGGAGGAUGGGACCCUGCAGUUCCAUGUUGUGGGGCUGUAUGAUUCCUCGAUGCCCCCUGAACAGCGCAUUACCUUCAACAAGGGAAAACUGGUCUGGGCAGGGGGCCAGGCAGAGGCACCUGCAUCAGUGUGCAGUGAGAGCUGUCCCACAGGCACUCGUAAGGCUGUACAGAAAGGAAAGCCUGUAUGCUGUUAUGACUGUGUACCAUGUGCGGAGGGAGAGAUCAGUAAUAUCACAGAUUCUAACGGCUGCUAUCGAUGUGACUUGGAGUAUUGGUCAAAUGAAAAAAGGGACCUCUGUGUGUUGAAACCAGUUGAAUUCCUCUCCUAUGAAGAAAUGAUGGGCAUAGUUCUGGUGUUUUUCUCCUUACUGGGGUCCACUGUUACUACUCUGGUAGCUGUGGUGUUUUCAAUUCAUAAGGACACUCCCAUCGUCAGGGCCAACAACUCUGAGCUGAGCUUCCUGCUGCUUUUCUCCUUGACUCUGUGUUUUCUGUGUUCUCUUACUUUCAUUGGCCGGCCCUCUGAGUGGUCCUGUACGCUGCGCCACACAGCGUUUGGGAUCACCUUCGUCCUCUGCAUCUCUUGUGUUCUGGGGAAAACAAUAGUGGUGUUAAUGGCCUUCAGGGCUACACUUCCAGCCAGUAAUAUCAUGAAAUGGUUUGGUCCUACACAGCAGAGACUCAGUGUUCUGGCUUUCACUCUCAUACAGGUCCUGAUCUGUGUACUUUGGUUAACAGUCUCCCCUCCUUUCCCCUACAAGAACAUGAAGACUUAUAAGGAAAAGGUCAUUCUAGAGUGUGAUGUGGGAUCAGCUAUUGGUUUCUGGGCUGUGUUGGGGUAUAUAGGACUCCUGGCUCUCUUGUGCUUUGUGCUGGCUUUUCUGGCUCGAAAGCUGCCUGAUAACUUCAAUGAGGCCAAAUUCAUCACCUUCAGCAUGCUCAUAUUCUGUGCAGUCUGGAUCACCUUUAUACCAGCUUAUGUCAGCUCUCCUGGGAAGUUCACUGUAGCUGUGGAGAUCUUUGCUAUUCUGGCCUCCAGUUUUGGUUUACUUUUCUGCAUUUUUGCUCCUAAAUGUUUCAUUAUAUUGCUGAGGCCAGAGCAAAACACCAAGAAACAUAUGAUGGGGAAGACAUCUAAUGAUAUACGAUAUUAAAGAAAGAUAUUAUGGGGAAGACAUCUAAUGACGAUAUUAUUUUGGGAAAGGCGUCAACCAAAGCCCUUCAGGAUGAAUACUGACCAUCGGCCUAUUCUAAGUCGUUCUAUAAUCAACACAGAGACAUCAUAUCUAAGUCAGUCGUGGGUUAAACUCAUUCACAGGCUCAAUUGAUACCACAAAAUAGAGCCUGGAAACACUGUGCAAUGAAGUGUUACUUGAAAGGGGAAGGGUUCAAAUCAAGGAUAGAGAGAGCCUGCUACAGUUUGACCAUGAAAACUGCAGAAAACCUCACAAUGAUCAUAUGACUUUUAGGAAGCCCCAACUGAUUCUGAGUUUGGGCAUAUUUCU